AUGUAUAAAUGUCUGCAUGGAUAUCGCAGCGCCUUGUCUAGGAAGUCAUGGCUUCCGGCUUUUGUACACCGUCCGUGGAUGUCCGUCCCAUCCAUCCACAUGCCUCCCCCUCCCCUUGCCCCUGAUGAUACAUGUAAAAUUACACUCGCUCGUCUGUCCCCUUUCCCCUAUUCACCACUACUCCUCCUUGGGCAGCCGCGCCAGUAUCCGCUCGCGCACCACCUUGGACGCCACCUUGGCGCCGUGCUGCAGCGUCACGGCGCCGACGACGGCCAUGAGCGCGCCGCCCAGCACCGUCUCGACGCCCGACGCCUCGAGCCGCCGCGGCAGCCGGGGCUUCCACCGCACCACGUCGAGCAUCCCCACGCUGGCAGCCAGCGCGUGCAGCCGCUCCUUGCCCACGGCCUCGCGCGGCGUCGUCGCCGACAGGUUGUCCACGCCCGCGAGCGCCUCGUGCGCGAACGGCUCCCGCCCGUGCGGGUCGGCGGCGGCGGGGGCAGCGGUGCCGGCCUGGGGCGGUCUGCUGACGAUGUCCUUGGUCGCUUCCAUGAUGAGGGUGAGGCGCGCCAGGCGGUCGUUGAACCCUCGCCGCCCCUGAUCAAAGCUCUUGUGCGUCACAGCCAGCCACUUGAGCUCCUCGGGGAGCAUUUUGCUGCCGCCGGGGCCCAGCAGGCGCUCGUACAUCUCGUCGAGCCGCUCGGGGCUUCCAUCUGCACGGGCGCCUUCAUGCCCGCGGGCGUCUGGCUCCACCGCGGCGCCCCCGACCCUGCGGCUGCUGUGUCUGAUGGUGCUCUAAAGGACUCGGGGAUGGCGUUUGAGGGGGCUGAUGUCGCGGAGGAGGAGGAGCUUGAAGAGGAAGAUGUCGUCGAGUCGGUCGUGGUGGCGUACCCAGCGCGGAGGGAGGAGGAGUGCAGGCUGCGCAGGGCGAGGCGGCUGCGCGCGAGGCCCGCGCGGCAUGGUUGGAGCGCCGCCAUUGUGAGGACGAGGCUGAAGGGAGCGUGGGAAGAGGCGGUGGACGUGUGGUCGUGUCGAGACGUGAAGCUCGGGAUUGCAUUGGCGAGAAUCGAGAGCCUCGAAGGAUGGAGCAUGAAUUUCUGUGGUCACGUGCGCCGCGCCGGCGGUUGGGUGGGUCGCGGCCCGUCCGAGCCGGUUUCCCAAACGGGCAAUCCCAACGGUGUCGGCCGAGCUGGACAUGGAGAGGGGCAGCUCUUUCAUCCUGCGCAGUACGCGCACAAUAAGCUUCAUUGA